AUAGAAAAUCAAACUAACGUAGUCUUAAAUAGAUAUGGAAGAGAUUAUAUUAUCAAACGUUGAUGCACGUAUUGGGUGAUCUGAUGAUUCUCAUGUGUUGUCGCAUAAUAUUAAAAUUAUAGAAAAUAUAUUGUCUAUGUAUAUAUAAUACUUUAUUGUGAUUAUAACAAUUAACUUUAAAAAUACGGCAAAAUGUCUUAUAUGUUAUCGCAUCUUCAUAAUGGGUGGCAAGUUGAUCAAGCCAUUUUGUCUGAAGAAGAUCGAGUAGUUGUUAUUAGAUUCGGUCAUGAUUGGGAUCCAACAUGUAUGAAAAUGGAUGAAGUACUUUACAACAUCGCAGAGAAGGUUAAAAAUUUUGCGGUAAUAUAUUUAGUCGACAUUACAGAAGUUCCUGAUUUCAACAAAAUGACACACUCGAACAGACUGGUAGCAUCCGCUGAUGGGACAACGGAAUACGACACCAUGUGCUUCUUCAAGAGCCUCCCAGGAGUCUCAAGAGCAACCCCUAUAAAACUUGUCAAAAAUAGCGUAACUACUUUGAACGGUAGACCUGCGCCUUUGUGGAACUGCACGUGUACGCCAAAUUGUCCUUAGAAAUCUUUCUAGCAGGUCAUUUUUCUCUAAAUAAAUAUGAUUUAAGUCGCAGGUAUCCGCAUUUUGUUUUCUAUUCUUCUUACUUGGCAAAUACCUUUAAGGACAUUCUCAUAAAAGCGAUAUUUAUUUCCCGCCAAAUAUUUUUCAUUGAAUUGAAAUGCGUUUACUUGUUCGUAUCUUGCAUCCUUUUGUAACUCACUUCAUAUCGUAUAUCGAACGUAUGAACUUUUUGAGAGGACUGUAAAUGGAACAAAUGGCGUCAAUUGGUCAUAUGUUUUUAAUUCUCCGAUAUUAGAUUAAAACUUUACUAUUGACGAAUGAAUACAAAUUCUUCACUUAGGCUUUCUAUGUUAGAAAAAAAUUUUAAUCUAUAACAAUUAUAUGUAAUAAACAAUAUAUAUAUUAUUUUCAUUUGUUUUAUUGCGUUUUACAUUCAUCGUGUAUAAGUAUCAAUAACUUAUUAGAAUAAUCUUUGAGGAGGUCCCAUGGAAGAUUUAAUGUGCAAAGAACGUACGUUUUGCCAAUGCUUUUUCAACAAUGAAACUAAAAAGUUGAUCGACAAAUGUACAUUUUGUACUAAUUCAUCUGGAGUCAUUUCUACGUGUCCUACUGCCACCGAUAAGCAAAGUACCUAUUUGAAAAUAAAAGUUAUUAUAAGAAGAGAAUAUAUAAAAAUUAUAUUAU